AGGGAAACUACUCGUCUUAGCAACGUUGAAUAGAAACGUAAUAGAUCCAAAUUUUUACAUAUUAAUGGCCAUCCGCAGUAGAUAUGUAUUUCUCGGAUGAUAAAUGUGAUGAGUGCAGUCGAACAAAGACUGCUCGAUUGUUGUCUUGGAUUGAAAGAAGAAAACUGAAGAAAAAUCUAAAGCGACAAAACAAAUGCUGUGAGUGUAAGAAGAGAAAGUCGCUAUCAAUGAUCUCUUGGAUUCAAAAGAGAAAAGAAAAGAAACGACUAAAACAUCAAUGUGAAAUUAUCCAGGCUUCCCAAGAAGCAGCCCGUAUAUCACAGGAAUGGCAAACUGAGAAACUGGACAAACUGAGAUAUUUUUACCAGAGUAAACUGUCCACAAUGCGAGAGAGGCUGGAUGCAUAUGCAGCAGAAAACCAAGAGAUUAAAGAUAAGCUGCGGAAAAUGAGCACUUUUUAUCGGGAGAAGCAAGCAUACCUCCAGGAGAGUGUGGAUGCAUAUGCCAUUGAAAAUGUAAAGUUGAAAGACACUGUGUGCCAGCUUAAAAAGAAAGUAUCUAAAUUAGAAAUGGCUUUAUGUAAUGAGACAGAAUCAGCAGCACAGAGGUAUAGCAAGCCAAAGAGAUAUGAAGUUAACCCUGGAGUCUUCACAUCAUCGACAAGGUCUACACCUGAAAUGGAAUCUUUACAAACAAAAAUAUUGUCGCUGGAAUUCACAGUAUUCCGUCAACACAAACUGAUGGAGCUGAUGGAGGAAACUUUACAAGCAUUUGAACCAAACUUCUCAGUGAAAACCCUCGGAGAGGUCGAGUGCUGAGCAAGGCCAUUCCAGAAACAAACACAGGGAGCACUUUGACAAAUCUCACUUGUUCAUGUAACCCUGUGAACCCAUCAAUUUUUAAUUAUUAUUUUUGUGUUUAUCAAUUUGUUAUAGUUUUGUGGUUUUUUUCCGUGGUUAAUUUUGAAAUAAUUUUGUUGUACAGUGUAUGUAUGAUAAGCAUUAUGUAGACUUUGUUUUGUAGUGUUUUCUGUUGGGAGUUUGGUACUUAACAUGUAAAUUCUUCUUUGUGUUUUUUAUUUUUUGUUUCUUUUUUCCAAAGUAUGAUAAUUCAAUAUUAAUAGUGUGUGUGGCUGUAGACUAAGUUUAUUCCCUAUGUUGUAUUAAAGCAAUCCUAUCUUACCCACCAUCAUAACUAUUAUAACUGUCCUAACGUGUAUAGAAUUUUAUAUUCUAAUUUAUAUACUUGUAUGCUAUUGUGAAUAUUGUUUAUAAAUGUCUGUCAAUAUUUUGUAUGUAAAUACAUUUUUUCAAAUAUCAAAGGAUAAAAGAAUGUGUUUCCUUAAAUCCGCUCUAGAAAAAGAAAAAACAAAAGAAACAAAAACAAAAACGACUGUCCAAAAAUAGUAAAAUAAAAUAAAUCAGGUAUUCAUGUACAUGCCUCAAAGAACUUGGCAAUAUUUUGGCUAAUUUGUUAGUGGGAAGAAAGCAUUUAAAAAUGACUUGUUGCUAGUCAGUCAGAUGCAUAUAAAAACACCUUGCUGCUAAUUUUA